CGAAAAGCAUUCAAUGCAGUUUCGCGGACGGUGUCUGCUUGCCUGGGGCGCACCUGAGUCUGGCGUGGAAGCAGCUGAAUAGACACUUAGACAUCUUCUCUUGCUGCAACUCACAAGAACUCUUCUUUCAUGAAUGUCUCGUUUUCAGACUCCUUUCUAGGCCCUUUCGGCCAUCACCCCGCCCUCUAGUGUAUUGCCCCUCUGAUCUUUUCGGCUUCCGCCCUCCUCAGCCGUCAGCGUCCACUUGCUUACCUGCUCUGCAAUCCCAUUCCUAUACCACGAUUCAGCUGAGAAGGGUUUGAGACAAACCGUGGAUAUGGCGACGCAAGGGCAACAAAAGCCGCAGAUCCAGCCUUGCCGGUACAAGACUGGUGAGCUUGAUCUGUCGCACCUCGUGUGGUACACCCUGCUUAUGUUCCCAAGGAAAAACACUCGGCGCAGGUUCCUAUUCAGUGGUUAAGGAAUGCGUUCACAUAGACACAGGAAGAUACUAUGCCGCAAAAGUCAUCAACAAACGGCUCAUGGCCGGUCGGGAGCAUAUGGUGCGCAACGAAAUCGCAGUCUUGAAGCGUGUGUCAGUGGGACAUCGCAACAUCCUGACUCUCGUCGACUACUUCGAAACCAUGAAUAAUUUAUACCUUGUGACCGAUCUUGCCCUGGGGGGGGAGCUUUUCGACCGCAUCUGCCGCAAAGGCUCCUACUACGAAUCUGACGCGGCCGACUUGAUUCGAGCCACACUGUCCGCAGUCGCAUAUCUACACGACCACGGCAUCGUGCACAGAGAUUUGAAACCCGAGAAUCUGUUGUUCAGAACACCGGAAGACAAUGCGGAUCUCCUGAUUGCGGACUUUGGUCUGUCUAGGAUCAUGGAUGAGGAACAAUUUCAUGUCUUGACCACGACGUGCGGCACACCAGGGUAUAUGGCGCCCGAGAUAUUCAAAAAGACGGGUCAUGGUAAACCUGUCGACAUCUGGGCCAUCGGCGUUAUCACAUACUUCCUCCUUUGCGGCUACACUCCAUUCGAUCGCGACUCAAAUCUGGAAGAAAUGCAAGCCAUUCUCGCCGCAGAUUACUCUUUCACCCCCGUCGAGUACUGGCGCAACGUCUCCGAUACCGCGAGAGACUUUAUCAAACGCUGCCUUACGAUUGACCCCCACGCACGCAUGACCGCACACCAGGCUCUGCAGCACGCCUGGAUCAAGCCUGACAUUGAUCCCACCUCUCCCGUCAAGGGUCCUGGUGAUGGGCAAGAUCUCCUGCCGACGGUGAAAAAGAAUUUCAAUGCGAGAAGAACACUCCACAAGGCCAUCGACACAGUCCGUGCCAUCAAUAAACUCAGAGAGGGAGGUGGGCUGAUGGCGGGCCACAUGGACGGUGCCAUGAGCGUGGAUCCGAAACCCAAGCCCGAGAUGGUUAAUGGAAGCAAAGUUCUCAAUGACCAGGGGCAGCAAAUCCAAGGGGAAGAAGCGAUGGGAGCGAAUGUGCCACAGGGUGACUCAGAUGCAAUGGAAAUUGAUUCCAGAGGAAAUGCCAGGGGCCAGACAGAGGACCAGAUCCGACGGCAGCAGAAGAAGAUUCAUGACACGAUGUCGGGACUGUGGGGAAAUCAGCAAGCAGCUCGCGGCGUCUAAGAUGUUUUCGGGCUCUGCAAUGUACAAUGACACCAAGGGGGACGGUUCCCCUGCGAAGGUCAAGGUCUCAAAGCGAAAGGCAAUCGAAUGGUUCGAACAUUGCGAUGUCGGGAAGGUCUUACCCCAUAAAUAUCUCAUGAAGAGCGAUGGAGUAGGACUACUGGAGUGCGGCGGAUUGGCGACGCUGCUGUAGGUACGAUUAUGAGGAAUCCGGUCUUCAAAGCGAUUGAGAUUUUGGAUGCCAUACAUGAUGAAAUUGACCUCAUGACAUGAUUUCUUACACAAAGACGGUAUAGAUCCCGGACUACAUAAACAACAAGGCGCCCUCGAAUGUGGCAUCAGGGGUAUCAUUCUCGAUUCCAACGCAGUUAUCUAUUUUUUUGGG